AUGAGCCUUGGAAUUAAACGAGAAGGAAGUCAAACAGAAGGAAUAAAAGAACCCAUAUCAAUUCAAGUCAAGGCAAAUAGGAGCGGUGUAGGACACGAGGAAGAACAAACUGAAAAACAACGCCAAGUUUGUGAAGCUCAUAUGGACAGGAUGAUGAAAAGGGCGAGAAUGGAGGUUUGUGUGAUUUUUGUGGGAGAAAAUUUGGAUUCAAUUUUAACUAAAAAUCGGGUCCUUUACAUUUUUUAUUUUGGGGAAUAUCCAACUUUAUUUUGAAGUAAAAUCUAAAUCGAACCUAAUAGAGAUGGAGAUUUUUGAAAAGUCUGGGCUUGUUCCUGGGCUCUG